UGACGGAUAAUGGACCUCUGUUUGAAACAGAAAGCGAGCGGGGUGGAGAAGUAUCGUUAUUUAGACGUGUUUACUGUUUUCUUCUGGAAUACAGCUACUUAAAGGCCAGGAGCAACAUCAUUAAACACAAUGUCUGCUACGAUCCCUCAGAAGGGACUGGGUCAAGGUAUGCCUGUUAUCCCCACUCAGCAGCAGCAAGUGCAGGGACACAUGGCUUCUGGGUUAGGACCUUCCCAGCCUGGCAUGCCUCCACAAGGUGCCCUGCGCGAAAUCUCUCCAGUUUAUUUGUGUCGCAUUGGUCAGGAGACUGUCCAAGACAUCGUCACACGAACAAUGGAAAUCUUCCAGAUCACACGGGCAACUCAGCUACCCAAUGGCGUGACACAAAGCCAGGCAGCGUAUCAGGACCGCUUUGGAAAGCUGCAGGAUCAUCUGCGGCAGCUUGCGCUUCUCUUCCGUAAGCUGCGUCUGCUGUAUGAGCGCUGUGUAGAGAUGACAACUGACCUGCAGGAAUCUCCAACAGAACUGGUUCCUUAUGUAGGGGAGGAGACAGCACCUGUGAGGGUAGAGCCAUGUAGUCCAGCGGUUAUCCAGGAAAGACAAGAAGUUCUAGAGAAAGUGAGGCAGAAAAACCAAGAGAUGAAAGUGCUAAUGGACCAAAUGAGGAAUUUACUCUGGGACGUCAACGCCAUGCUCACAAUGAGAAAAUGACAACGCUCCUUAGUACACAUCUGACCGACUUGUGUCAAACCUCAUCCACAACUUUCUAAGCAAUUCGGGUGCUCUUGCAAAGAAUAUGGCUGACUGUCUUUCAUCUAUUGAUUGCGCUAAUGUCACAUUUUAUCUUGACAAACAAGAUGAGACUUCUCAUUUACAGUAUUUAUUCCCAAUGCUCUGAUUUGCAGCUGUGUAUCAAAGCACUGCAUUAGGAUGAGUUUCAGCAAACUGCAAGUAAUGUAAAUGACACAUAUGAGCUAGUCAUUUUGUUGUUUGAUAUUUUUGUUGCGUGUUACACUUGUGGUUCUCAGGUAGAGUGUGUCAUUGUGGAAAUGACUGUAACUGUAGAUCUGAGCUCUGGAUUACACUCUCAAUCCCUUAAAAUUAAUCAAAUGAACUGUUGGUUUUAUAUGGAAAAGUUUCUUUUGUUGCUUGGACUCAAUGAAUUUAAAAACAGUUUUAUACAAAAUAA